CAGAAACUCCACUGAAAGUUUAUGCAGCAGGCAGAGCACGCCCCUGCCCCACAGCAUGGCCAGUGCUCAGGCCUGGCAGUCGAUGCGAGCAUCUGUGUGGCGAGAAGAUGGUGGCGGCGGGAAGGAGCCAGAGCAGUAACAAGUCCCAUUGAAAUGGGGUGCCAUGGCCCGCCAUGGCCUGCAGUAUAUUUUUGGAGAUUUUAGCCCUGAUGAAUUCAAUCAGUUCUUUGUGAUGCCUCGCUCUUCAGUUGAGCUCCCCCUAUACAGCGGAACAGCUCUGUGUGGCACUCAGGCUGCGGACGAAUUGCCUGAUGGACAAGAGUAUCAGAGAAUUGAGUUUGGUGUCAAUGAAGUAAUUGACCCCAGUGAUACUCUGCCAAGAGCCCCAUGCUACAGUAUUUCAAGCACAUUGAACCCUCAGGCCCCUGAAUGUAUUCUUGGUUGUACAGCUUCCAAAAAGACCCCUGAUGGGCUAGACCAGGAGGUGAACUUCAGCUCCCUUGACCGCCCAUACCCGGACCUGGCCCUAGCCUUGGUCAGCAGCUCACACACCGAGGUGGAGGCUCUGGAGAACGCUGGUGGCCCAGGUGGCCUGGGACAGAGGAAGCGGAAAAAGAAGAAGCAGCUGCCGGGGUAUUACAGUUACCUGAAAACUGGGGGUGACAAGAGUAUUUCCACAGAAGCUGUGGUCAACGGCCAUGCCAACUCAGCUGGCCUGAGCAGGGUGGCUGCCAAGGAUGCCGAGUUUAUGGGUGACAUGCUCCCGCCAGUUUCACCCAGGACUUGUGACAGCCCUCAGAACUCCACGGACUUCCUCAGUGACACUGUGCCUGAUGGUCCUUACCCUGGAGCACUCAACAGCUCUGCCAGGACUGUGGGGCAGCCCAAGGGCUGCUGUGGGCCUGACUUUGAGCAAGCCUGCCUCCCCGCAGACCACCUGCUAAGGACAGCUGUGGCUCUGCCCUGCACUGCUACCAAUACUACUGAGAACCUUGGCAUCGCCAGUGGACAAGUACUUGAAUCCUUGAGUGUGGGCACAGCUGCCAACAGGGAGCUGCACACUGUGGAGAGCACAGACUCGAAUGCAGCCAAGCUGGAAUGCAUGCCACCUCCUGCCAACAGUGCCCUCCUUGCACCCAUUCCCAUUAACCAGCCUCCCAAGUCCUGGGCCAGCCUCUUUCAUGAUGCUAAGCCCUCUUCCUCCUCACCCGUGGUGUAUGUGGAAACUAAGUGUUCCCUUCCUGCCUCAUCUCCCCUGGUCUCUGAAAAGCAGGUUGAAGUCAAAGGUCUUGUUCCAGUUUCAGAGGAUCCCGUACCCAUGCAGAUCGCAGAGUUAUUGGAGAAUAUAACCCUAGCACAUAAGCCAGUGUCAUGGCAACCCUGUAGGCGGAUCAAUAAAGGAAACUGGUGCUACAUUAAUGCUACUGUGCAGGUGGUAGUCACUUGCCCUCCAGUGUACUACCUCAUGAAGUUCAUUCCUCUGUACUCCAAUGUGCAGAGGCCUUGCACGUCGACACCCAUGAUAAAUAGCUUUUUUCAGCUAAUGAAUGAGUUUACCAACAUGCCUGUGCCUCCCAAGCGCCAAGCUCUUGGAGAUAAAAUCAUGAGGGCCAUCCAUCCUGGAGCUGCCUUUGAGCCCACAUACAUUUACAGACUCCUGACCGUCAUCAAGUCGAGCCUGUCUGAAAAGGGUCGACAGGAAGAUGCUGAGGAGUACCUGGACCUCAUCCUGAAUGGCCUGCAUGAGGAGAUGCUGAGCCUGAAGAGGUUCCUCUUGCCGGACAGUGAAAAACUCACAGUUUCCAAUGGGCCCAGACCGGGGAUUUAAAGCCCCUUGACCAACAACGAAGAGCAGCAAGAGCAAGGUGAAGGCCACGAGGAGGAAUGGGAGCAAGUGGGCCCCAGGAACAAGAUGUCAGUCACCCACCAGGCGGAUUUCAUUCAGAUCCCAAUCACCAGCAUUUUUGGUGGACACAUCAGGUCGGUGGUUUACCAGCAGAGUUCGAAAGAGUCUGCCACCCUGCAGCCAUUUUUCAUGUUGCAGCUGGAUAUCAAGUCUGACAAGAUAUGCACCAUGGAGGAUGCGCUCGAGAGCCUAGUGGCAAGAGAAUCUGUCCAGGGUUACACCACAAAAACCAAGCAAGAGGUGGAGAUCAGCCGGCGGGUGACUCUGGAGAAGCUCCCUCCUGUCUUUGUGCUGCAUCUGAAGUGCUUCAUGUACGAGAAGACUGGCGGCUGCCAGAAGCUGGUCAAGAACAUCAACUACCCCGUGGACCUGGAGAUCAGCAAGGAACUGCUUUCUCCAGGGGUUAAAAAUAAGAAUUUUAAACGCCAUAGGACCUACAGGCUCAUCGCAGUGGUCUACCAUCACUGCAACAGCGCCACAGGAGGGCACUACACUACCAAUGUCUUCCAGAUUGGGCUCAACAGCUGGCUGUGCAUCAACAACCAGAUGGUCAAGGUGAUCCAGCAGUACAAGGUGCUGAAGCCCACCGACGAACGCACCGCCUACCUUCUGUAUUACCGCCGCAUGGACCUGCUGUGACCGAGUGUGCCCGAGUGUGUGCCUCCAGCCGCCUUGUAGGGUUCCAGCUCACUGACUUCCUGCCUCGUUACUGGCUCCUUAGAGAGACUCUCUCUUCUGCAAAAGUGAGCUAGAAUGGAAAGAUGUCAUGGGAUUUGUGUGCAACAUAGUUUAUGUUGACUUCUUACUUCCAAAUCAGAAUCAUUUGGUUGAAACAGACUGUUGCUUGAUUUAAGAAAAUACACCAAAACCUGUAAUUCUGAAAUAAUGCUGAUUCCUGAUAGAAGAAAGUGAAACUUGCAUUUGAUUCCCAGUUUAAUUGCUUAAUAGAAUAAAUCUACACCAGCAACUUUUGUAAAUUUGUGAAAAUGAAUUUUAUCUUUCCUUAAAAAA